AUGUCUGGCUUUGCGGAGGACCGGAAUAACAAGAAGCGGGUCCGGGAUGACUUGGAGGAGUCUUCAGAGCUGGACUCGCCGGAGGUGAAGCGUCUCAGGGAGAACCUUCUCGGUUUCUUCGACGACUCUGAUCCCGAUCCGACGUUUCAGGAUCUUGCCUCAGUCAUGAAGAGCUUCGAGGAGGAGAUAUCUCGGUCUCAGGUGCCGGUGGUUGACUUGACGUCUGAUUCUGGCGAGUCUCAACCGGAACUAGGGUACCUUCUGGAGGCAUCCGACGACGAGCUUGGCUUGCCACCCUCUGGUAGUUCCUCGGGCGAGGAGGGGGCGCUGGAUCUGGAGUCCGACUUAGUCCGGGUCACGUCGGAGUCGCCUUGUAUCGGCGGGCUGUGGGGUUUCGAGGAUCAGAUCCCAAGUUACGACUCGUUCGAGUUGGUUGCUGGAGAAAGGUAUAACGAUACGACCGAGUACGUGGCGUUCGAUGGGCUAUUCGAGUACUCCGAUAUGUAUUUCGACUCGUCCGACUUUUCGGACCUCUCGUGGCGGCACGGAACUUUGCCGGCACAAUAG